AUGGCGAGCUUGAGCGGAGCUUUUCAGCUGGCCUCCGGCGUCUUCCUCAUCAUGGAGACUGUGCACCGACUUGCACAGGAGCGCUCGAACAAGUCGAGGCCAGUGCUCUCUGUGGAGCACAAUCUUGAACGACCAGUCCUCAAAGAAAGGUGCUUUCGAGAACAAGUGCUGUCGCCAGAGUACCUAGUCAUGGUUACCUACUUUGCUCUAGCUGCUCUUCAGGCGCAGUUCGGUCUGCAGAGUCUCGGAGUUCAGUUUCAGCUGAUGGGUAUCGACUCUGCAAAACUUGUUCUCGUAUUCAACGUGGUCUUCUCCUUCGCUUGGGCGGUCACACCACUAAUCGGACAUGCCAUCGACACGUGCGGCACAGUCAGAGUCCUGAUCUUCACGAACACUUUGCUGUUCGGCACGGUGGCGGAUCCCUUGAUCGGUGCCUUGGAGGUCCUGCAGCGCAGGUCCCGCUGCGCCGCCGCCUGCCCGGCCUGCCGGGAGCCUUCGACGCCCGAGGCGAGCGCUGCCGGGGGCGGCGGCGGGGCAGCGCGGGGGGCGCGCAGGGACUCGGACGCGCUCGAGGUUGCGGAGGUGCAGCUGGACAUGCUUGGGCACGCCUGUGCAGGGCGGUGGCCGGCUUGCAUCCGAGCCGGGCGUGCAGGGAGUUGCACGCUGUGCCUCCCGAGCGUGAUGUGGAGCAGCUGA